AGCGACCAUAAUCACGAGCCUUCUUAUUUCUGCCUAUAUAUAAUGAGAAUGCAAGCGACCUCCACACCAUCAAACUAUUUUAGAAGGAUCUGUUUAAUUUGAGACAGAAAACAUGAAAUCCUCCUACACUUUCUUCAUUCUUUUCUCACUCUUUUCGUUUGCUAACGUGAUCGGUGCUAGAAAAGACACUGGAGAGUAUUGGAGAGCUGUCAUGAAAGAUCAGCCCAUGCCAGAAGCAAUACAUGGCCUUAUUCGCGAAACCACAUUGUCAUCAGUCUCCAAUGAGAAAGCCGAUUGCCACACAACCGAGUCCAAUGAAAAGAAUAAUUUUGUCAAGGAUUUUGGCCCACAGCCUACUGCUACAUCUUAUGACAAUGGUAUAAAACCAGCAAAAGAUAAGUCCUUCUCGAAAGAUUUCCACCCAAACACUCAGUUGUUCCUUUACAAUGAUGGUGUCGUUAAAGGAGAGAGAUCCUUUGCCAAGGAUUUUGGCCCACAGCCUACUGCUACAUCUUAUGACAAAGGUAUAAAACCAGCAAAAGAUAAGUCCUUUUCGAAACAUUUCCACCCAAACUCUCAGUUGUUCCUUUACAAUGAUGGUGACGUUAAAGGAGAGAGAUCCUUCGCUGAAGAUGUUGAGCCGAGGCCUAAUGUGUCCGUUUACCACGACGACGCUACUCUUAAAGGAGAAAAAUCUUUUCAGGAGGACUUCGAACCAGGACCUAACAUAUCAGUUUAUGAUGAUGGUGUCGGGCUUAAAGGAAAAAAAUCGUCUUCGGAUGAUUUUGAACCAAGGCCAAGUACUACUGCUAAUUAUAACUACUAAUUAGCGAGACAAAGUUGCUUGUUGAUGUGCUCAUGGUCUCUUAAUUACGAUGGAGCAGAAUUGAUUUUAGCUAAGCCCGCUUUUGUUUGUGACUUUAUUAAAUAAAGGUUUCCCUUAACUAGGGGCGCUUAUAAGCGAGCUAGCGUGUGUUUGAUUAAGCAAUGUAAGAUGUUUUUCAGUCAUUAUGAUAUCAUGUAAUAUUGCUAUAAGAAGUGUGUGAGAAUGUUACCGUUUUAA